AAUAUAGUAGUAGUAUACUAGUACGGUCGUCGUCUAUACAACAACACUACCUACGUCGUGUUGUUGGUUGUUGGUUGGUUUGUGGCAUUGCUAUGGUACAGAAGGUGGUGUUGUUGUUCGGCUCUACUUCGAACCUAGAGCACGACAUUCGGGCCAGGAUGGAUUCUAGUUCAGUGCACAAAGUGCGUCAGUGCAAGUGUGGUCUUCUACUGAGAACCAACAAGCUCUUCGAAAUUUUUUGAAAUACAUUUGCCUUCGAACCUUCAUAUCAAGACGGACUUCUUGGCGAGCUAGUAUUAAGUGAAAGCGCCAACGGAAUAUGAAUUUCAUUGGCGCAGUUGGUGGAGAUAGUGAAGGUGGUGAUGGAGAUGACAAAGAGAAGGCAGAGGAGGAGGAGAGGGAGCGUCAGGAAGCCAUCCGAGAGGCUGAAGAACGACGAAAAGAGAAGCAUCGUAAAUUGGAAGAGGAACGGGAGAAAAUGAGACAGGACAUUCGUGAUAAGUAUAACAUCAAGAAAAAGGAAGAAAUCGUAGAGCAAAUGCCGCAGGAAGAACCUAAUCCAUUAAUGCGGAAAAAGAAAACGCCCGAAGAAUUGGCUGCCGAAGCCGAACAGGAAGAGUUAGAUGACUUUACAAAACUGAAAAAUCAAAUAGAAACGCAAGUAAAUGAGCUAAAAACUCAAAUAGAGGGAAAAUGUGUCAUGCAGUGAUAUGUCAUCAUAAUAAAAAAUAAAAAAAAAAUUUAUUUAAAAUUAAACAAAACAAAAAAAAAUAAAAUAAAAAAAAAUAAUAUUAAAAAAAAAAAUUAACAAAAAAAAAAAUUCAAAUCCACACAUAUAUAUAUAUAUUUAUUUAACAAAAACCAAAUUUCCCCAAAAAAACAUAUAAAUAUAUAUAUACAAAAAAACAUAUAUACAUGUAUUAUAUAAAAAAAAGAAUGAAACUGCAGAAAAAAAAUAAGGAACAAAAAUACAAACGAUUCAGAAAAAAUAAUAUAAUCAGAGUUCAUGAAGCACUACAAAUGCAAACAAAAUUCAAAACAGAAGAGCCACAAAAAAACGUUAUACAUUUUAAGCCCAAAUUUUAAAUCCAAAAUUUCAACCAUAGCUGCCAAUCGUCAAAAUUUAAACUAAAAAGAAAAAAAAAUAAUCAACAAAUUGGAAGUGAAUUUUAAAAACAAAACAAAAAAAUUAAGGGCAAAAACGGGUUUAAUCAUUUGGCCGACUUGACUUUUCAUUCAAAAAUUCGUAAAAUUCGUCAGAAAUACUCCUCUUCUCACAUCAUUCCAUCACACACAUAUUUUUCUCUCUUAUAACUUAAAAACUAAAAUCCUACGGAAUAAGCGCAUUGGAACAGAUUCGAAAGUUACAAAAAAAAAAAAAAAACAAAUAUUUGAAC